AAGGAGACUCCACAGCCCCCCUGGGCAGCCUGUGCCAGGGCUCUGUCACCCUCAAAGUAAAGUUCUUCCGCAAUGGCAAAUUGUCACCUGAGAGGAUUUUGUCCUAGCGUACGUUUCAGUUCCCAGUAUGUGAAUCAUGGGUAAAUCACAGGGUUAUCUGCACAACUUGUGCUCUGCCAUUUUAAAAAAAGUGUAACCUAGGCAGUGGGAUUUGUUGUCUCUAACCCUGGUGAGUACCCCUCACCUUCUAUCCUUAAAUAAAUACCGUCAUUUUUAUUUUUAGUUAUAAAUACCUGUUAAAACACCUACUAUACAGUUACCUGUUAGAUAUUUAUAUUGAACUUAUAUAAUAUAUACUGGUUAAAGUUUCUCCAUCACAUGAAAUCAGAUAACAAAGAUAAGACUGCUUUUUUUUUGUGGUAGCUGUAUUCUGCGUCACAGCCUGCGAUACAGCUCUGGUUUUGGUGUUGCGGUUUCCCAGGAGUUAGAGCCACAAGAGACACAAAUCAUUUAUCAAUAUAAGUAAAGUACGCACCCCUUAAUUUUUCCGACAGCUACCUCAGGAAGAAGCCUUUUCCCCAGGGAAGAUUUGCAUGCUGCCUCUCAGACCUGGGUAGAACCUUAUCUGCCCUCAGAAAAAUACAGCAGAUGAGAAGGAAACGAUGUAACUUGCAGUCGUCCCCCCCCUGCGUUCAGCAGCGUGUUCACAGCUUAUCAGUCUACCUCAAAACGGCAGGGAUGAGAAACCCCAGAACCGCAUGGGUGGUUUAGCCCGGCCGAGAGAUUUUCCUUUGCGUUUUUAACGCAACAGCUGUAAUUUAAGCCCCGCGUGGCUGGGCAGCCUGCACCACAUUGCACAGGAAGGGGGCUGGUCAGAGGUUUAUCAGAGCAGAGGCGUAAGAAAACGCAGUGACAGUAGUUGUCCUUUCCCUCCUCCUCCUUCCCGCUCCCUGAGCUCUCCCUGGGAGUGCCCAGAGAAGGGGAAGGGACCCACCCACCUUUCAGAGACCUGCUCCAAGCAAAGAAGUGGUUUAGUUAAUUUUUAAUCAGCCUGAAGCAAGCCAGCUCCUCUGUCGUGAUAUAUCUAGUCCCUCCCCCCCCCAUAGCGCACCCCAUCCCUCUUUUUGGGUGCGCAAUGUUUUUUCCAAGAAGAGGAGGACACGGAAAGCAUGUUUGAUUUUCUGCCUGUUACACCACCACAGAGAAACCACCUGCGAGAAGACUGAAGCCCAGCAGGCAGCAAGUUGCAGCAUUGUUCCCCCCACCUUAUUUCUCCUGUUACUUGAUGUAGCUACAAUCAUCUUCGGGCAAGUCAGAUGUUUUGAAUACCUAGAAAAAAAUAUUUUAAUGUGUCCGUAGAACAAACUCACCUGCUGCAGCCCUCACUGCGCUGCUGAAACUGCCUCAAGUCAGACUAGGGAUAAACAGAAAAUGGGCAGGAUGAUGGAAGGAAGUGUUCCAGGGCAGAGAUAAGAGGCGGAAACAGCAAUAAUAAAGUUAAGUGUGUGUGGGGAAAAGAUUUCCAGCUGUGGUGGUUCGUAGAGGCAGGUAUCUGCUGGGCACACUGCAGAUAUCAUCCGUAGGCAUCCCAGUUUCUUCAUUAUGAAAAUCAGGCUGCAAGAAUAUUGUGCAAGCAGAUCCCACCCUGAAGUGGAGCUGGGAUACGAUUGGGAAAGUAGUAAUUAUUUCUAGGUUGUGCAAUAUAGAUGCAGGCAGAGGGGCUGUGUUAGCAAACCUGCGCCGUGUAAGGUACACCAAGUAACUUGGGAUACUCAGCUACACACUAAAAGGCAGUCAGGCCUGAUAAUCCUUUAUGUACUCUGGUUUUACGUUACUUUCAGAAACUCUACUGGGCAUUCUCCAAGCCUUGCACGGCCCUCAUGCUGUGCAGCUAGCCAAACAAACGCCGCAGUGCUGGCCGAGCGCACCCGCUCUCCAGUGCAUCCCUGCCCAGGUAACCAGAGGAAGAUGGACACGGCUUCUUCCAGGAUCAGCUAGUGCUGCUCCCCAUGUUAGCCACUGCAUUGUAUGGGAAAUGGACACUAACAUUUCAUUUCUUGGGAAUCAAAAUACAGAAAUUCCCACUGCUGAUGGACAGCUGUGGUCUACUGGGCCGAGCCUACCAGCACGUUCUCAUCUUGCUGCAUGGCUUCAUUCCUCUUUCUCCUCAGUACGAUGCAGGAGAGAGUAUUUUGCCAUGCUUGGGAAGUCCUGAGAAAUGUUACCGACAAACCUAGUGUAUAAUUAGCAGCAAUAGUAGUCAAAAGACUGGGACACCAAUAUUCAAUUCAAGCCACUUCUUCACUUCCCCUGUCCUCUUCACGUGUGGCUUCACUUUCCCUGCUUCUGUGCUUUGUGCCUUCCCCAUUUCUGUUUGCCUGCCUGAUUUUCUCUCUCUCGUCACUUAUUUCAGCCGUUCUUCCUCCAACACACGGAGGGACAGACAUGUAGCUACAUCAUUUAUUCACUAAUGAUGGCGGCAGAGUAGUAUUUUUCCAAUUUGAUAGCAUUCAGCAAUUUCAACUUGCACAACACUUUCAGACUUUGUUCCCUGGGGAGAAGCUGACAGAACCCCUGACAAAGUCCAGCUGCCUAAUACCUGCAGGAAACCACCCUGAUACUGUACGUCCACACAAAGCACAAACCCCUUUGGGUCCUUAUUUAUCGCUUUAAAAAAAAAGUAUUAGCAUUUGACAGCCACACUGGAGCUGCACAGAUGACCAGCACUUCACAGCGUGGGUAGAGAACUAAGCCUAGUGUUCUUCUCUGUAGGCAAAGCAAGAGUGACAGGGUUAAGACUUAGCAAGAUCUUAGUUAGUUUUAAGUUUCUAACUUAACCUUUGGGAAUUACUUAUCUGAAGGCAACCAAAGAGAAUCAUUGUGCUUGGAGCUCUUGUUCCCAUUACACCUUGUUGCUGCUCCUUCACAUCCCAGUAAGAGCGAAGCCUUUCAUGCUGUCAGCACGGGUGACAAGUAGCGUGUAUCGCAGCCGACAGCCUGCUCCCUCAGGAAAGUAGCAAAGUGCAGAUCUAGGUGUAGGGGAAUACGUUAACUCCUUUGCUCCAUUUAAGACACUCCCUGGUAAAUAGCAAGUAGAAUCCAUUAGGCAGGAAGUAUGGCAGCAGUGACUACAGCAAUGAGCUAUGCAGGUUUUUUCCUCCCUUCCUGUUGUCCAUCCUCCACCCGAGACCCCAUUGAUACUAUUCCAGCAGACCAGCACAUCCUUCUCCCAUUUCUCCCUAACCUUAGUCCUGAAUUCUUCCCUGCUUAGUUUUUCUUUCACUCGUUCAUCCGUUUGUUAUUUUUUGACUUCUGACUGUUGUACUGCUUUGUCUGCUGCCUUUUUUGUGUGCAUUCCUACUCGCCGCCCUCCCACGGCUCCUCCCCUGAGGCAUGCCCACAGCCCAGCAGCCUACAUGCCCUUUCUUGUUUCCUCCUUACAAACUUUCUAAUCCUGCAUGCUUUACCAGGCCUUCUAUGCUCUCUGUUUUGCCUUCAAAAAUCUGCUCUGCUUCUAUCACCAGGAUUUUUCUUGAUCCCGUGCAAUUGGCCUGUGGUCCUAGUCAUUGAAAUCUCUUAAUUAAAUCUGCGUAACUAGAAGCAAACCCCUGAGAACAGGGACAAAAAACAUAAUGGAAGGGAGCUCCCUUGCUGGCCAAGCUCGUACCUGUUCUCCAAACAGAAAUCCACUGAACCAGCAGAACGCAACAUCAUCUGUGCACCAUUUUAGCACAUCUGUUGCAAGUGGGAUUUCCUCUUCCCCGCUCCCUGCCUCCUCAUCCCACCAAUCAUAACUAUAGCAAUAAAAACUUCGAAACAUAGGCCAAGACAACAGCCAAGUCAACAAGGCGCUUUUCUUGCCAAGCCUCCAAAACGUUGGUUGCUCUGUAACGUUUUUUCUCCCGGGGCUUCCACAGUUGCUCUUUCCCCACUGCUGCAAUCUCCCUUGUGAUUCCUUCCUGCUGUCUCUCCCUCCUGCGUAACAGAGGAACAGGAAUUGCGCAUAUUUGCCUACUGUAUAUUUGAAAAAGUAACGCGUUUUGGUUCUGCCCUUUUUUAUCGUACCUCUAACCUGUUUACAUUUUAGCAAGCUAAACACAGCUCUUCUGUAGCAUUUGGCUUUUGACCAGAAAAUUUGCAAUGAAGCUUUUUCCUGCUUACUUGCUUACUUUUUUAACUGCUGCUUGUACUCUUAACUAAAGCAGCACGGCCUACCAGAGCAAGGCAUUACUUAGUCUUACUUCUGUAGGCAAAUUUAAUCCUGUAUACUUUAUGGGCUUGGCAGCUAAGAUUGCUGCAACUGAUUGAGUGCUUCUUGAAGAAGUCACAGGUGUACUCCCCAUUUAUCUACUAAGAUCUCCUUCCUUAUUCAGCAAAACAUCAUUUAAGUACUUACCUUCUCGAUGUCCUCCCUGGUGUUUAUUUUCUGAGGCAGCUUCUGAAGUGUCUGCUGCUACUAAUUCACAUCACUCUUACUAGCCCUUGAGCAUCCUUAGCACCCUUUUGAGGCUAAAAAUGCAACACAGCAUAUAAAGUCACUUUGCUUGAGCAUAGGAAAGCACACACCGUUUUCUUACUUUUGACCACGCCAUUCCAUUGGGUGAAUGGACCUCUUAGUGAAUACAGAAAUACCUACUUGGUGCCUUUCCCUCCUCCAAGUGGAGUUCAUGUAAUAUCAAAUAGUCCUCUGGCAUACUUAGGGUGCAGAUAUUUAUGUAGGUAAAAUUAAGUCAUUUUAGUGCACAAAGCUGAGAGGGAAGUCAAGCCCUCACUCCCCCCCACCCCCCCCGGUAAACGAUAGGUCCCUUUAUGGGGGUGAGUAUUGUCCAGUGAAACCGGUACAAGAUCCAUUAGUUUCAGCUCCAGUCCUUCUCAGUGACAAGAUUAGGCUGUGGAUCAGAUCCUGCACACAGGUAUAUUUUUAAAAUUGCUAAAAAUUGAAAAUUUCGUAGUUGCUCUGCCAAUCAACACAUUUGGGUUUGUUUCAGAUUAACCGCCUCAAUGGAAGUGGUACCAGCCUGGGCCCCAGCAGUGGGUUUCACACUCCUGCCCCAUGCAGGAGGACUUUUUGGAAGCAAGAUAACCAAAAAGGAAAUCCCCGUGUGGUAUGAAUCUCUACAGAAGCCAUCCUGGUGUCCACCUAACUGGGUCUUUGCUCCUGUUUGGGGAACUCUCUACACGUCUAUGGGAUACGGCUCCUACCUGGUGUGGAAGGAACUGGGGGGCUUCAAUGAAAAAUCAGUGGUUCCUCUGGGUCUGUAUGCAGGGCAGCUGGCAUUGAACUGGGCAUGGACUCCAAUAUUUUUUGGAGCACACAAAGUGGGAUGGGGGUUGGCGACUCUUCUGCUCGUGACUGGUACAGCAACAGCUACAACUGCUUCCUGGUAUAAUAUCAACAAAACAGCAGCUUAUUUGAUGGUUCCUUAUUUAGCUUGGCUAACCAUGGCUUCUGCACUCAAUUACCGUAUCUGGAACGACAAUCGCAACAAGAAACAAUCCGAAUAAACAUUUUUCAGCCAAAUUUUUUUUUUUUUUUCCCCACAAGAAUUUUCUAAAUAAAGUUAUGGCCUUAUUUUAUUUUUAGCUGAACUACUUAUACCAUUAGUUUGCUAAUUACAAGUUGACAAAGCUGUACUUGUUUAAAACAAAUAUGGUUUUAUUAGGCAAAUCACAAAAGGGUGUAUCCCUUGGUUUUAUAGCAAACUAAAAGAUGGUGCUGAUUGAAAAGUACUAGUUUUCUAUGUUAGAGCAUUACAUUUUAUAUGACAACAGCAUUUUAACUGUUAAAAGGAAUAAGCAUGAACUGCAAUUUCAUCAUGUUCAGAGGAAGAAAUCCAGUCAUAUAUUAACACAACUUCCAGAAAAAUGCUGCUAACAGGCAUGAUCGUAGUCUGAAUCUUUCAUGUUUACCACUAGACAUGGUGCUUUCAUGCUAUGAUGUGUCCCACUACAGCUGACAGAUAUUUAUCUUCUGGUCAUUGUACUCUGGAAAUGCUCAAGACGAGGGUUUGUGGGGUUUUUUUUCUCCACAAUUUGUGCCUUCCCACUUUGAAGCAUUGUACAGCCUAGUGUCAGCUAAAUACAUUAAACUACAUGUAAACUUA